GGAAACAGCAAUGGUCGGCCAUCCCACCCCACCAGCACAAUCUCUGACAACAUCCAGAGAUUCAUUUUCCAUCAUGUGCUUGGUCGGGGAAGUUUUGGAAAGGUGGUGCUGGCAGAGGACAAGUAUACCCACCAGCAAUUUGCCGUAAAAGUCAUCACAAAGCGAGACCUGCUUGCUGAAGGAGAAGAGCGCGCAAUGGUGGAGCGGCGAGUGUUACAACUUGCAUCUGGCUGCCCCUUCCUUCUUCAUGGCACAUUUGCAUUCCAGACCAAGCUGGCACUACCUAUGACAACACUGGACAAACCCUGGGGACCAGGCAAUGUGCCUAAAAAAUUUGGGGCUGACUUUGGGUUAUUGAAGUCUAUGGAACAUCUUACUUGCGCCUGGAGUGGUCCAACUGGGUCCUAAAAUCUACUACUGUCCUCCCCUUCCCUAUGGAUGUAGUUCUUAAUGAGUGCUUCAAAAUGGAGCUUGUUCUACUUGGAAUGGAAUAUGUCACCUAUGGAGAUUUCCACCAACUCCUGCGGAGGAAGGGGCGUCUUGACAUCCCCAGUGCAAGAUUCUACGCCGCAGAACUUGUGUGUGGAAUUCAAUAUCUGCAUUCUAAGGGCAUCAUCCACCGAGAUCUCAAGCCUUCCAACAUCCUGGUGACUGAAACGGGCCAUAUUAAGAUUGCCGACUUCGGUCUGGCACUUGAGAACAUCUAUGGAGACCGAACAGCCACAGAAUACACUGGAACACCGGGCUUCAUUGCUCCUGAGAUCCUGGCUGCGGAGGAGUACAAUGCUGGAGUAGACUGGUAUGCAUUUGGCAUCAUCUUGAACAUCAUGAUUACCAACAGCCACAAAUACCAGCGAGGUCUAUUCACUUCCUCCAGCAAAGAGGCGAAGAACAUCAUUAAAAAGCUCCUCCGGGAAGAUCCUACCAGGCGUCUCGGAGUCAAUGGCAACAUCAGAGCCCACAGGUUUUUCCAGUGUAUUGACUGGGACUCGGUGGAAGCCCUUAGGAUGCGUCCACCACACAUUUCUAAACCACCAAACAACAUCCAGCGUGGCUCAAGACCAUUCAAUCUCCAAAUACUGGAAGCAGCAGAGUCUAGCAACUCGGCCAUUUCAGCAAACCACCAGGCCUUAUUCACAGGGUUUUCAUUUACCAACAUCAGCUGGAAAACCCCGGAACAUCCACCAGCUCUUUAAUACCAUCAGAGCAAGCUGUCUUCCUAAGCCCCAAGGAGAGCUUCAGAAAGGAGACGAUCAAGAUGGACAAGCCGGACCUGGACAAGCAGGCAAGAAACAUCAUCAUGACAAGACUAAAGUCAGGAUCAGGACCUCAAAGGAACACCAGAGAUAUUCCUGUUCAAGAGGAUGGCCACAGAGAUGGAUGACACCAAAAAGGUAAGUAUCCUUGGGGAAAUAUUAUUUGGCAUUAUGAUGUGCCUGGACAUACCAGGCACACUACAUGCCCAUGACAA